CCCAAGUUCUCCAAAGUUCUCUCGCACCACCUACAACAUGAAUGUCAUCGUUCUCGCCGUUUUACUCUCAGUGGCUGCCGCUCAGAAUGCUUACUACCCCAAAGCAGCCUACAAAACUCCUGAAUACCCGGCACAGCCCUACAGCUUCGAGUGGGCUGUUAAAGAUGCCGAAUCCUACAACGACUAUUCUCAUUCCGAGAGCAGCGAUGGCAAAGUGACUUCUGGUUCUUACCGGGUCGUUCUUCCGGACGGGCGAACUCAGAUCGUCACCUACAAGGACGACAGCUACGGUUACGUUGCCGAUGUCAGGUACGAGGGAGAGGCCAGAUACCCAGAGUAUAAACCCGCUACCUCUUAUCCCGCUUACAAAGCUUCACCAGUCGUCUACAAAGCACCUGAAGCACCAGUGUACAAAGCUCCGGUUUACGAAGCCCCAGUCGUCCCAGACUAUAGACCCACUGAGGCUCCUGUAGUUGUCUACAAGGCCCCUUCUUCACCAACAUAUUCCGCCCCAGCUCCUAAGCUUCCUACUGCCCCGACCUACAAAGCACCUGAAUCGCCGAUGUACAGAGCUACGACUUACACCGUUCCAUCUUACAAGCCUACCACAACUGUUGCACCACCAGUCUACGAAGCUCCAACUUACACCGUUCCUUCAUACCAACCCACAACACCGGUCUACGAAGCCCCAACUUACGUCGUUCCUUCGUACAAGCCUUCGACAACUGCUGCACCUGUCUACGAAGCACCUGUUACGCCUGCUACCUACAGGGCCCCAUCUCCAGCACCUGUUCCACUCCUUUACAGGGCUAAUGCUAAGAAAACCACAUAUUAAAUCUGCUGUUCUCGUUUCAACCUCAUACAUAGAUUUAUAUUUCCCAGUUAAAUCAUUAGCCACAAAAUAGUUCUAUAUUAUUGACCAUAUUCAGUAAGUAAUUGGAGAGCUUACAUUGAUUUCGUGUGUGUGUUCCAAAAAUGUGCGUUGAUUGAGCGAAAAAUACACUGAAAUUUAUCACCG